GCGUUCGUCUCUCCGCCCUUGCGCUUGCGUACGGCCGGUUCCCGUCACCUCGGCCCGGAUCGGGAAGUGUCAAAGUGGGAGCCGGGUUCCCCCGCCUUCGCCGUCGCUACUGCUGAACCCGGACCCCUCAUCCCGGCCGGCCGGGCCCUACCGCCAUGACGAACGUGUACUCCUUGGAUGGGAUUCUGGUGUUUGGUUUGCUCUUUGUUUGCACCUGUGCCUACUUCAAGAAAGUACCUCGUCUCAAAACCUGGCUGCUCUCCGAGAAGAAAGGAGUUUGGGGUGUGUUUUACAAAGCUGCUGUGAUUGGGACCCGGCUGCAUGCUGCUGUUGCAAUUGCCUGCAUUGUAAUGGCCUUUUACGUUCUGUUUAUCAAAUGAGUUCCAAAGUAUCCCACUCAUCAACUGCCAACCAAGGGGAUGAAGAUGAAGAAGUUGUCGGAAUCCUGGACCCAGUGUAGGAGAGUCCAGCUAAAACCAUCAGUGUCCCUAAGAUGACCCUGCAGCAUCUGCCUGCCAUAUGCGGGGAAAGUCAUGGUCACGAACAUUAUUUCUGCUCCAGAGGACUCCAGAAAGCCACCUUUUUUUUUUUUUUAAUCUCUGUAUAAAUCAGCCCUCAGCAGCAAGCAUAUUAUCUCUAGAUAAAUCACACCCCUUAGUGAUAUGAUUAUGUACCUCCUGCUUAAAAACCUGGGCUGGGUGGUAGCUCAGUGGUAGAGCCUUUACUUAGCAUUGUCAAGGUCCUGGAAUUGAGCCCCAACACUAAAAAAACAACCUACAACUGGUCAUUUGUUUUGCUCUUCAAUUCCUUACCAGAACCUUUUAAAACUGAGGCUCAUUAGGGAAGGAUAUAGGCUGUGUUCAGACUCCCUAGAAGUCAAGACUUUUUUUAGGCAGUGUCUCUAUACAGCCCUGGCUGUCCUGGAGUUCUCUGUGUAGACCAGGAUGACCUCGCCUGCCUCUGCCUCCUGAGUGCUGGGAUUAAAGGUGUAUGCCAGCAGAUAAUUUUUAACACUUGACCUUUGAAUCUGUUGCAUUAGGGAGGGAGGGAGGAGCUUGGGGCAAAUAGGAGUUGUGAAAGACCAGGGAUGGUUUGGCUUUUGGAAUGUGUUUCUUCUGUGGCCAUCUGGGAGCUGAAGAGAGCAUGGUUCUCAGUGAAGAGAACACAGAUUGCCAUGUGCUGGGAACUUGAGGUUUCCCCAAGAGAACCUGAGCCUAUGCGCUAUCCAGGGUUACUGGUUGGGAGACAAGAAGCAGUGACUGAGACAAGCAUUUUCUGCUUACCACUGUCCCCAAAGAAGCCUCCAUUUGACCAACUGGUAGUAGAAAAUGAACCAACUCUUGCUAUUUCCUAAAGCCUUUUCAGUUCUUUCUAAAUGACUUAGUACUAGGUACUGGUACUCAGUUUUAAAUACCAGUGCCGGAGGAGGGAACUAUUGAAUAAAUAAUUGAUUAAUAUAUUUGAAGUUCUGGUAGAAAUGAUAAGUAAAUUAGUAUAUCAAUUCAUAUACUAGGAAAUUCAUCUAGUAUAAGAAUUUAUUGUAAUGAAAAUAUAUAGAGAUGGGAAUUCUGUCAUGUUAUAAAAGAUGCAAGCUUGUUCUUUAAUCUGGGUUACAGCAAUUUUUAGUUGUGUCCCUGACAACUCUCAGUUCUACAUACUGCAGUAUUUCACUGCUGUAUUUACUGAAAGACCAUGAGAAAUUGAAAUGAGAGGAGUCACUGAUAUUAACAUAUUGGACAGCUCAUAGACUCCAUUAAUAAAACGAGUGUGUUACUGAGUAAUGGAAAAUGGAGCUUUCCAACUCAGUAUUCAGGGCUUUCCCGGGGAGUGUGAGGACAGAUGAUGUUAGAUGACUCAACAUUUGAAGGGAAGACUUCUCCAUUCCUUCCUCCUUAUGCCUGCAAAAGAAUCAGCUUAGGUGUAAAGUCUACAACAAUCUAAAAAUAAAGUAGGUCUAAUAUUAGUGAUAAUACACAAGGGUAUAUAUUCCAGUUGAAUUGCCCAUUGAAAAGCUUGAUGACAAGCACUGUGGCUCACUCCCAGGUGAAGUUAGGUUCUCUUGUCUGUAUACAUUGCAAGAGCAAAGGCUGCUGGGAAGCUUCAGUGCCCAUGCGUUUGAGUGCUUUGAUUGUAGUGGUGUAAAGCACAGCCUGUGUGAGCAGCCCUCUUCAGGGACUGGUCCACAGGGCAGAUUGCAGUGAUUUCUUCUCCAUGGUCAUUCCUGAGGAUUGUUCAUAGGAGAGAAAAGAAAUGCAGAGAUCCUGUGAGUGUGCGCUGGGGAUCUGUUUACCCACCAGGUGUUCCUUGGGGAGCAGGUUCAGUACUAGUUACUUUGUAUUUAAUGACUUGUUUUCAAACAGGGCUGAUGUCUCUGACUUUGGUCUGUAGAGCAGCUUCAUUUCUUAAAUAGCUUCCAUUCUGCAACAUCUUUUAUGGGUCCUUUUGGCCUAAAUGCCUGAGUUGGUAGAUUUUGAGAUGUUUUCUUACCAGAAUGUUCCAAAAAGUACAUGAAGAAGCCAAUAGCCUAUUUCACUUCUUGACUCUUGACUUUAUGUAAGCAGGUACAUAGGACCCUGGUGUAUACUAUUUAAGCUGAUGUGUCUUGUUUUUGGCAAAGGGAAAAAUGAUGACCUGUUCCUCUGGGGGAGUCCUUUGGGGUGGAGGUGUAAGGUAGCAACAUUGCUUCAGAUUCAGGUUCAUCACCAUGAACCCAGUGCACCAGGGUCAAAUGGAAUCAGCUCCUUUUUAUUGUUGAAAUACCAGUUUUUAUUCACCAUUGUUGGCACCAUCCUUGAAAAUAAACCUUUUCCCUGUGAUG